CAGCAGCAGCGCAAUCAUGUCUGGUCGGGGCAAAGGCGGUAAGGGGCUCGGCAAGGGCGGCGCCAAGCGCCACCGCAAGGUGCUGCGCGACAACAUCCAGGGCAUCACCAAGCCGGCCAUCCGCCGCCUGGCUCGGCGCGGCGGCGUCAAGCGCAUCUCGGGGCUCAUCUACGAGGAGACGCGCGGUGUGCUCAAGGUGUUCCUGGAGAACGUGAUCCGUGACGCCGUCACCUACACGGAGCACGCCAAGAGGAAGACGGUCACGGCCAUGGACGUGGUCUACGCCCUCAAGCGCCAGGGUCGCACUCUCUACGGCUUUGGUGGUUAAAGCUCUGUUCUCCUGUCAAAGCAUCGGACAAACGCCCAAAGGCUCUUCUAAGAGCCACCCAUUUUUUCCUUUAAAAGAGCUGUUUUCCGGGCAGCAACUAUGUCGUUGCAUAAUUUAACUAAACUUGUUGAAGUACAGCUGCUAAAGCUGUGUGUACUUGCCGAACGUGUAAAUUUUUUGUUAACGGCGAAUUCGUUUUUGCUGUACAAGGUGGGGGGGGGGUUUGUGUUCCGACUUUUAUAAAAAUCAGUUUAAAAGCUCUGGAAUGACGUUUUUUUCGUGUUCGCCCAUUUAAACAACAGCUAAAAUGUUACUUUGUGUCCUUACUAGUUUCGUAUUAUGCUGCGUGUAACAAAUUCGAACAAAUUGUUCUUUUACGGGAAAAUCAAUGUUGCUUCGAGAUGAAUAUUUUCUUUCUGAUUCUUCUAUUCCCUCUCCCCCACACAAUUGUCUAUGAUUCUUUUACUUAUAAAAUAAAAGAGUAAAUCUUC